CACACCAUGGCCGCCGCUGCUGUCGACUGGACCCGCAUCACCUCCAAGCUUGGCCUCGGCCGCGAGACGCUCGCCGAGCUGAACGCGUUCCGCUCGCGUGCCGCCGCCGCUCGUGCUGCCAACGCCGCCGUCAAGGAGCAGAAGGCCACCGUCGACUUUGAGCACUACCGCUCCGUCCUCAAGAACAAGGAGGUCGUCGCCGAGGGCGAGAAGCUCUUCAAGGGCUUCAAGGCCGUCGACUACGACGUCCAGGCCCAGCUCAAGGCCAUUGCCGCUUUCGAGGCCAAGGCUGUCUCGUCGGCCAAGGAGGCUGCCACCAAGGUCGAGUCGGAGCUGUCGAACCUGUCGUCGACGCUCAAGAACAUCGAGGAGGCCCGUCCCUUCGACCAGCUCACUCUCGACGACGUCGCCAAGGCGCGUCCCGAGAUCACCGAGACCGUCGAGAAGAUGGUUUCCCAGGGCAAGUGGACCGUCCCGGGAUACACCGAGAGUGCGUCCUCCUUCUGCGCCAUCUAAACGGGCAGAGUGUGCAGGACCUUGGUGUAGAGAGUCGGAGCGGGUACAGGCAAAAGCUGUCGAUUUCUGUGA